AUGAAAGAUGAAAGAGAAGACGAAGAAAACUGCAAUGGUUCUAAAUCCUUUAUCUUUAAGUUUAAGAAAAUGGCAAGAGCCUUUAAAACAGCGCUCUUGUGCUACAGCUUCGAGUCUUCUUCGCAGGAAGGCGCCCCCACGCCCCAAGAGGGAGAGUCUUUGGUGGAAGAGGCAGAGUGCAGGAUCACACAGGACGUGGAAGUAGUACCUAUCACGGAGGAGGCCGAGCCCAGAAAGGGGCUUCCUGUGCCAGCCGGCUAUUCGGAAGAAAGGGCGUGGCAUUCUUUGAAGGAUCUAGACGUACAAGCCAUUAUAGGGCGCAGCACAGUUCCAGACAGGGUCUUGCAGGCGCUAAAAAUAGCUGGAGGCAAAAACAUGCCAAUGCAAAUUAUGCUGGACUAUAGGAAAAGAGAAAUGCUGAAACACGCAUGCUCUUUUCUGAAUGAGGUCAGAGAGAUCAUAGGCAGAGCAGCAUACAAGGGCAACUCCCUAUACACAGGAUGCCUUAUUGUCUUUCAUCUGAAGAAGCGGUAUUAUACAGAUGACGCCCGCAUAAAUGCAUUCCAGGCGCUGUGCAUGAAGGACAAGUCGAACGAGACAGCGGACUCUGCGAAGCGCCUGCAGGAUGCUGCAGCAGAAAGCCAUGUGAAGUCCUUGAUGGAGACAACUUUUCUUAUGAACUGUGCAGCUGUGGCGUGCAAGCCGUUUGGGGAUAUGUACUUGGAGCUGCGUGCGCAAAUAAAAGAGGCAAUUUACAGCUCCGGCAAGCAAGGCAGUAAGACCGCAAAAAAUCUUAUGCUAGUUUGCAUAGUGCUGGCAGAAGUAAGAAGCAUCACCAUGCACAUCCUAAAGAAUCUUAUGGAGGGAGUGUGCAUAUCGCAGAAAGAGAUGGAGGCUAUAAAGAGUGCUUUGCCAAUGUGCGAGGCUGUUGCAGAAGAGGCAGUUGCGAAAGUGGAAGCUGCCAGUGGCCUGCAGAAAGCCACUCCAGAAAGCGCAUCUGCUUCAGCUUCGGGCUCGCUCCUGGCUUUGCCUCAGGCUUUAGCUCCAGCCCCAGGCCCUGCUCCAGCGCCUGCCUUAGAAGAAUCCCUCCCCAUCCCAAAGAGGAAGGCGCUUUUUCUUUCUGCUCCUGCAGAAAGUCCAAAGCGUCGAGAGCCUGAUCCUUCGUCCAUUUCUGCUAAGUCUGAAAAAAAGCAGCCUGUGUCUGCAGCAUCGCCCGUAGUGGCAAAUAUGAGCUUAAUAGAUGAUUUGCGAGAAAGCUAUCUUUUCAAGAAACAGAGGGACAUAUACAUGCAGGCCAGGGAUUUUUCUAAUGUAGAGAACCCGUGCGAGAGUUUCACAAGGCAGUACAAAGUGAAACCGGCGGUCAUGACCAGCAUCAUGACACAGCACAGGCUGACAUUCAACCUGUACGAGCUGGCCAGCAAGCAGAAGCCUAGCGCCAAGCCAUAA